AUGAGCCCGGAGGAGAGCAGGAAGGAGCGGGAGGCGAGGUCCCUGGCACUGGAGAGAGCCUAUGUACACGAUGUCUACGAUCAGAUUUCGGCUCACUUCUCCAGCGCAAGAUACCGGGCUUGGCCUCGAGUCAGACAGUUCCUCACCGACCUCGAGCCUGGAGCCUUUGUGGCAGACGUAGGCUGUGGUAAUGGCAAAUACCUGCAUAUCAACCAUCAGGUAUUUAAAGUCGGUGUGGACAGGUGCUUCAACCUAACAGGCGCGGCAAGAGAGCGAGAUCACGAGGUGAUGGUGAGCGACAACCUGGCCCUUCCGUUCCGCGACGAGAGCUUCGACGCCGCGCUCAGCAUCGCGGUCAUCCACCACUUCGCCACGACCGAGCGCCGGGUCCGGGCCCUCCGCGAACUGGCCCGGAUUCUCAAGAUCGGGGGCCGCCUUAUGAUCAGUGUCUGGGCCAUGGAACAGCGCCAUCGCCAGUUCGAGUCCCAGGACGUGUUGGUUCCGUGGCACCGUCCCGAACAGUCUUCCAGUGACGACAAAGCCUCGAGUGUGGAGAGGGACCUGAACUCUACCACGACAGAUGAUGAUGAUGUGCUGCACUACCACGCUCAUAACCACAGCGAUAGUGAUUCCUGUUAUCGUAUAGGCAAGGAAGAUCCCCAACCUGUUGCUCUCAAGCUCCACUGGUCCCCAUCAAGCCCCCAAGCCAGUUCUCUAAGCCCGCUCCCCUCCCGCAGGUGUGGCAGCCGGCGCAACGGCCGCAGGCGCACCCGGUCCCGCGCCAUAGACCCCGCGGGCGCCGCCUCCUCGUCACAAAGCUCCUCGGACCUGAGUAGCCCAAAUGAAUCGUGCUACAGCUUCGUCCGGCGGGCACUACAGGUAGCCUCCGACACUAGCAACCAGAAACUGACAAGUAGUCGGCGAGGGUCUGCAUCGUCAGGAAGGUCGUGGUUCAUGCACGGGGGAAGUUUCUCGGGCUUCAGGGGGUCAGAUGGCCGCUCCCUCAACAUGGAGAGCGGCGGCACGGCUGAGCCUCGGCCGUCCUUCAGCGACGAACACCACCAGCGCCCUUCUGUGAGCAACGACGGCUCCCUGGACUCUCAGGAGAACUUGGAUGACGUGCCUAUCGAGCUCCGGCAUCUGGAGCCCGAAGACCCCGCGCUGCUAGACAUCCCGCCGUCGCCCGCACCCUUCCUGCCGCACGCGACCGCCGCCUCGGCAGACCCGGACACGAAAGCCAAGUCCAAGAGCCUGACUGACCUUGUCCAGGCUUCCCCUCGGUCUCCCGGAAAUCCAGUCUGUCCAUCGGGGGUGCUGUCGGUGCGGGAAAAGUCCAUUAGCAGGGAGGCACUGGAUAUGGGCCGGGCGGGGGUUAGUGAUAUACUCGGUAGUGUUUUACGCUCAAAGUCUAGCUCGUCUUGUUUUUCACUCUCUAGCCACGAGAUGUCUAGCGGUGAGGGAGCAAGGGGGUGUUCCGGGGGGGCCAAGGGCAUAGAAGGUGAUGCCGCGAGUGCUAGAGUAACCAGUGAAAAACCCAAGGUGGAGGAAACUAAGGUGAGCGAGGGGGGCAGCCCUCGAGUGAGUAGGAAAAGACCUACACUUAAGAAACAAAAGGCUUCGAUAAAUGAAAGUGACGUGAAUGACAUUGAUAUGCCAAUAGUUAUAGAGAUAAGCAAAGCCCCCAAGACAGCCGAGGUGGUCAAUGUACCAGUUGCGACAGAUGACAAGGACCAUUUAAGCAUUCCUAAAGGGUUAGGCAUAAUAAAGCAAAGUUCCCUUAAUGAUGAGUAUAUAUGUAUUGAUAGAUUUUUAGAAAAGGAAAAGUUAAAACAAAGCAUUCAGAAGCAAAGCUCGCUCAACGAGGACCUCAUAUAUGGCAACAAGGAGGAGAGGCAGGAAACCAUGAGAGAGUCGUUGUUCGCCACACAGAUCAAGAGGCUGCAGAACAUCAGGGAGAGUCUCCAGCAGAGGCUGAGAACAGCGAGCCUCGACCGUUUUGAGCGAGAGAAGUCGGACUCGUCUCUGAAGGCAGGGAUUGUGAAGCUCCUCCAGUCCUGGAAGAGCGAGAUCCUCGUCACAGCUGGCACAAAACCAACAGCUGAUGAAGGAAGCGCUGGACGGGAGGGCGAGCCAUCGACAGGUCCUCUGGGAGAAGGUGAAGACGACCAGCAGGCAUCCAGCAGCAAGAAACACAACGAGAUCAAACCUAAAGCUCAAAGCAUAUUUCAGAUGGGAAGAUCGAGCGACAGUGCCGAUGGCGGGGGUGACAAAUCAGUGACACGUGGGGUGGAGAAGAAGUUCCUCGGAAGAGAACCUGGCGAUAGGAAGUCAUCCCGCGAGGAAAGUUCCGACAGCUCAAAGGAGAACAGCUUCCAGAGUGAUACCAGCCUAGAUUCUGAGGAUAGCUGUGUCUCGGUCAUCUUCGUGCCUAAGCCAGGCCAGGCUGGCAUCGUCCCGGGUGCAGACAAGGAGCGGAACAGAUCAGUCUCUUCAGAGUCGUCCGAGGGCUCCGAUAAGCAGCACUGUCCCGGAGGGCGCUACUUUGCCCCUUCGCGGUAUCUGGGCACGAAGGGUACUGGUAAAACAGGGCCCAAGAUGGGCACCCAAGUGCUGGGAGGGACAACCAGGGCGGAGCAGCAGGCCAGACGGCUCAGCCCCCCCUCCUCGGAAGGAAAUCAGGAUAUUGUUGUGAACACAUCGAAUCCUAACACCCUCACCACCACAACCACCAACAAUGAGGCAAGUGGUGACUCUCUGACUGCAACAGUCCCUAAAGUUGCUGUGCCUACUCUAGAAAUGCCAUCAGCGUCACCGCUAGUGUCAUCAGCACACCCUUCACAAGAUAAGGCUGGGCCACCUCCACCCACAGCACUGAAGAUGCCUCCUGUCGUGACUUCCACGAAAGCAACUACCUCCACUGUAGCCACUACCUCCACACACUCCACCCUACAGAGCUCUUCACCACAACAAUCACAUAAGUACAUUCCGAAGUAUGAGCCUCAAGUAGUGAAGCGCGAUACGAGCUUCACGCAGCAGCUGUCCUCGUUGUUGCUUGGCGAGAACGUCGAGAUCAUCCGGAAGACGGGACGUACGGGCACCCGCAACGUGCAGAUCGUGCGUCGGACUGUCCCGCGGUUCCUCACCUUCGAAGUUUUCAACCCCGAGACAGACGACCUGGACAGCGACUCCUCGGCGAGCUCCUCCCCGAACUCGGGUAGCUCCGUGAUCGAGCGCGGGUGGCCUACCGAACGCGACAUCGAGGAAUUGGACCGAGAGAUCAAGCGGCGAGAGGAGGAGGAGCGCCGUCGUGCUGUGCCUUCCUCGUCAGGAGGUGGAGCCACCCCCGCGGAGAGGGUCAUGCCACCGCCGCCCGCCGAGGUGCCCAAAGUGUCCUUAGUUGAAGAUGUUCACAGGAUGGAUACCAUAAGCGAGGACGCAGGUGAACAUUCAGGUACUGAAUCCAAUGGUGGUAGAGCAGACAAGAAGAGAACCAGUAGACCCCUAGUACCAGCACCUCUCGUAGCCAAACCACAAGUCAUUCCUAAACCACCCGCUAGAACCUCAUCCAAAUGUAGAUCGCCUGUUGAACAAUAUAGAAUACCCAUGGAACAGUUUACUUCAGGCGGUGGAUCCAGAAGAGAGUACGACUUCGGGAGACAGAGGUCCUCUAGCAUGAGUGCGGCCGCGGCCUGUGACUCCGACUGGAGGUUCGAAGGUUACUCGACGAAAUCCGGCACAGCCUCUUCGACCUUGAUGGCUGCCGCCCCUUCAGCUUCGAGUUCGAUUUUGGAUUACGGGAGGGAGGUUCCCUUGAGGAAAAGUCCCACCUCGAGAAGGAAACUGACCAUCUGCCAUCUCGACCAGCCUCCUCUGCCUCUUCAGUCGACAUUGGAGCAAGUGCCUGAAGCCAGGAAGUCUACCAUGCGAAGUCCCGACCCUCUGCAUGAGAGACUAAGUUUACGCACGCGGGUUUCAGAGCGCCACCCGCCGCCCAAGGCGCUGUCACCGCUGGGUUCCGAAGGGACGAGCAGAGGCGACAUGAAGCCCUGGGCAGAGGUAGCCAUAAAGCCAUUCACCGAAACUAUGGGUAUGCCUCCUUCGUCAUCCUGGAGAGGCAGGUACUCCCCAGAGGGUAGCAUUUUCAAGAGCAUACCAGAAUAUGACAAAGGGGUAGCGCAAAAGAAGGCUCAGGAGGCUAAGAAAAGCUCCUUGGAACUGCCCUUCUCAUCGUCGCCGUAUCGGUCGUCCCUCUCCCCGAGCAGCAGUGUGUCGUCCACAUCCCCGUCGGUGCCAAGAGAACUUGGGAAGGAGGACCCGCUGACCAAGAGUCCUCUCCUCAGUUCGCCAACUCUUUCCACCAGCAGCGGCGAAUCCAGGUCAAGCUCCCAAAUGACAAUGGCUCUCUUUGGGAAAGAAUCCCGCGAGAACCCGUUCUCACUGGAGAUGUUCAAGAUGAACAGGAGCGAGAGCAGCCUCCCUCUUUUGAGUCCCGAUGAAUCUCAACCCAACCACGGCACUUUCAAAGAGCCAGUUAAGCCUAUUGUGCUGAAGGAGCCUAAGAGGACACAGAGACUCAAGCACGAUGCUGACGAACCCAAAAAAGACACUAAACAUCGUAGCAGCCACGCCUCAUGUAAGACGUCUGCGAAAGAAGGCGACAAACUAAGCAGCAAGGAUGAUUUCUCGAACAAGCAGAGGAAGUCCCACACUAGCUCUCUCAAGGUCCGGAUUGACGAGACAAAACAGAAGGAAACGACGACUACCGGCAAGAAGAUGUGUCGUCUUUGCGCCCGUGAGAAUGAUAAGCGACAGAAGAAGAAGAAACAAGAGCAGCUGGCGCAUGAGCUGAGGGAACAACAGCAGCAGCUGAGUGGUGGAAGCUUUAGCGGUGGAGGGGCUUCCUCUAAGAGAAGGUCGGCCUCCAAUCAAGGCAAAGGAAGCGACGGAGGCUGGCGGAGAGGAGAGCUCCGGUCCCAGGGAUCCCUCGACUCUGCGAGGGAGAAGGAAUCCCAAGCUUCGAAAUCCACCCCUCCUCUCAUCCGCAGUGGAUCGCUGGACCUGGAGAAGGCCGAGAGAAAUCAAAGGGAGGGAGGCCUCAGCCGAGAUGCCUCUCUCUCCAACUCCCAGGACUCCCUGCAGAGCGACAUGGGAGGGGCGCCCACGUUGCACCGCUACUACCAUGUGUUCAGGGAGGGUGAGCUCGAUCAGCUGAUUGAAAAAUACGUUCAGAACCUUCACAUCAUCUCUUCGUAUUACGAUCACGCAAACUGGUGUAUUGUCGCGGAGAAAGUACAGGUUUGGACCAUAUGAGUGCAGUGAUUACCUGUCAACUUCGCGUGCCCGCCACAGAGACUGAAUGGCAUCGGAAACUCGAUCCCGAAUCUACUGGGACACAGAAACUGAGCAUGGAAGUUGACAAAGACUUUUAAGAAGUAGUCAAAGA